UUGAUCUUCGUUUCUGCGGCUCUGCCGCUCUUCUUUCAUCAUGGGGAAGAUUACAAAGACGAUGCAGCCUAAGCAUCGAGAGACUUUGUCCUCCUGGCUCAAGCAAUAUGUCGAAUCUGCAUCAACAGCCCCGCUGCCCCUCCUCCCACAGCAGCUUGCUGAUUUUCCAACGAGAUGGCCCUUCGGACGCGGCGACCUUUAUCACUGGAUCCCGUUGUUGAACCGAUUUGAUAGCGUGUUGGAGCAGUUUUGCAAAGUCUACAAAUUGAAUGAAGGCCCCCAACAGCGUGAUUUUGGAUGCGAUGUGUUGCUCAACCAUGGAAAGGACUCGGCCUUCGAGGGCGAGAAGCAGUGGCAGAUGGACGAACUCACGCAGCUGGGCUUUCCCUCCGACGGUGACAGAGUCCUGAUCGAAGCUGUUCUCAAGUUUACUCGCAUGCUGUUGGAGCAUUGUGGAAACCGCAGCAUCUACGCCAGCAGUUCUCACCUGAACGAUCUCCUCAAUUGCAUACCUCCGUCCAUCCUCAUCGCCACGCUCGAGGUGGGGUCAGAGCUGGCACAGCGAUAUCAGGCGUCCGUCAAGCGGAUAGGGAGCGCCUCCCGACACAUCAGUGCUGCGCUGCUCGCCAACCAUUAUAACAUAGACCUGGACCGCGUCCAGCAGAUUGCCUUGCCGUUUGUCAAGACGCCCAUCUUCAACGUUGCGGAUUCCGCCCCGACUAGCACGCACACUUCCGCGUCCAAGGGAAAGGAAAAGGCAGGAUCGGGGGUCGGCAGCAGGAAUGUGGCCACUAUGCACGCCAACGAUCUGGUCGCCAUUGCCGCGUCUGAUGAUAGCCGAUGGAGCACUUGGGGCGAUGUCAAGGUCUCUUACUAUCCGCAAGAAACCGUCUCAUCCCAACACGACGCUCCAGCAGAGGCGGGGCGCUCGAAUUUACCCUCGACUCCCACUCCGCUACGUCGAAGCUCGACGAUGAACCCUCAGCAUACACCGAGAGCUCGAAACGUUGCCAGUGACGACUCGGCCCCCCUUGUGCAGCGAACCUCGACCUCUGUGGAUGAACAUUCCUCGUCUGGCCAAAAGACGUUUGAGUUGCCUCAAUCUGUCGUUGCCUCUCGCCCCAUCUACGAGCUCGUCAAGCGAUGCCCUGAUGAUAUGCCUCCGGCGGCCAAGUAUGAGGCAUUCCACCGUUUGAGAGUAGCCAAGGCCCUCAUCAGCUCCCAGGAAUCGCGGCAACAGAUUUUGGCAACUCGUCUUCUGGCGGUGACGAACUUGGCAUACAUUCAUUCCGAGUCCAACUUCGUCGAGAAAGUCCUCCGCCAGGACAUUGACGAAACCCGUCGGUUUCAGCUUGUCUAUCAGCUGGCCGAGCUGAUCCAUCCAUCGGCCGAUGGCACGAUAGAGAUCCCCCUGAGACUGCAGACCAUUGCCCUUGCGCUUCUCGAAGCGGUAUCGAGCUUUCAUGCGAGAUGUCAAGACGUCUUGUCCGCCCUGAAUGCGAAUGUCAACCACGGGAUACUUCUCUAUGUGAUCAGAAAGGCGGUGGCUGGCAUGACCGAAACCCACGCCGGAGACGAUGGCGAUAAGGCGAACGAGAUUGAUGAGUGGCGGAACAAUCUGUUCUCUCUUACGCUACACUUGUCGAUGGCUACUCGCGUCGGCAGUGAAAUGGUCUCUGCUGGUUUGAUGGAUAUCCUGGUCGAGAUUCUCAACAUCCGGUCCGUUAUUGCACAGCGCCACCACUCAAUGGUUCUCGCCUUUCUAGAUGGCUUGGUCUGGACCUAUCCAAAUGCGUUCACUGCCUUCUUCAAUGCGAAUGGACUGGAUGCUGUGGCCAAGCUGAUCGUGGACACGAUUGGUGAAGCGCGCAGCUUGCUUCAGGCCGGCAAGGGCAUCAAACCGGAUCAGCAAUCGAGUGCUGUUGACUAUGAGAUUCCUUAUUACCAGCAGCAAACUCUCAAAUGGAUCCUCAAAUUUGUCCAUCACAUCAUGUCCAAUUCGUAUAGCUAUAGCGGCAAUACGGACCGGCUGCUGCGAAAUCUUGCUGAGAAGUCUGACUUGCUGGCCAAUCUAAGGGACAUCAUCAACGACAAGAAGAGCUUUGGUUCCGUCGUCUGGACAAACUCGGUUACCAUCCUGAGCGAUUUCAUUAACAAUGACCCGACUAGCUUUGCUGCCAUUUCCGAGUCGGGUAUGAUCAGGACGUACCUCGAGGCUAUCACUGGAAGACCUAUUCCUGAUGAUCACACCACCCGUCCAAGAUACCGGGAAUCGGAAGGCGAUGAGCCUGGGACUGUGGACGUUUCUGCGAUUACAUCGAUCACCGACCUCGACAGCCGACCUCACCCUCCCACGGAGGACUCCAUCAGACAGUCGCUUGGCCGGCCAGUGGCAACGGGCAUCCUGGCGUCUUCCGAUGCUAUCAAUGUCGUCCCUCAAGUUCUCAACUCCAUCUCUCUCAACAAUGCAGGCAUGCAACUGGUCGUUGCUUCUCGAGCGUUCGAAAGCUUCCUGGAAGUCUUUGAAAGCCCCGCGCACGUGAAAUGCAUGGAGGUAGAUACGGAGCUUGCCAGUAACGUUGGUGCCAGCUUUGACGAACUUGCGCGGCAUCACCCGCCUCUCAGAAAGUCAAUAUCCAACGCGGUCAUUGACAUGGUCGCGCGAGUACGCAUGCUGGGCAUCGAGAAGGCCCGAGUGGCAGGCUGGGGAGUCAAGUUGCUCCCCAUUGGCAGCCUUCAAGCUGCGGCUGAAUCAACUGCAGUAGCCGGGGCAUCUAAGCCGCCGCAAGAAGCCGACAUGGACAUGUCUGAUGCUGCCGCGCCCCAAGCUUUGGAAGCAGACAAGCGGACCGAUACCGAACGCGAGUCGCCCUAUGAAUCGUUUACGCCAUACAUUUAUGCUCUGUCGAACUUCUUGACCACCUACUUGUCUAACGGUGUGCUGAAGAACAACUUCGUCGAAAGGGGUGGCAUUGAGCUGCUUCUCGAUAUGUGCCAGUCCCCAAGCCUGACUGCUGGGUAUGGCGAUUCGAUGGCAUCUCGAGUCCUGAAUCAAGUCGUUUCCCAGUUGAUUGAGCAUGGUGCUGCUCAAGGCUUAACUUCAUUGCUCAACCGGGCUCAGCGUGCCAUUGACGUGUUGGAGCCACUGUCAACGAAGACCGAGGCCGUCCCUCCCUAUUUUGCCCCCUUUCUGACUGACCUGGGCGUUGAAUACAGCAGUUCCGAAGCAGCUGAAAUACUCGCGACGGGAACUAAUAUCGUCAAAGCCUUACUCAACGCGCAGACGUACAUGAAGAUCAUCUCCGAUUGUUUCGCGUCAUCCAGAGGCAACACGGUGCAGUUUUACCCUGUCAAUGUCUAUGACUACUAUAUCAAGCUGGUGAAGUCCAUUGGGCCUCUGCUACGUGGAGUCUUGGCGGAAGAAGCAGGCGAGCUUACCGCUAUACCCCAGCACUGGUCCCUACGACGUCACUCGCCACCGACGGUGGGCGGCAGCAGAGGCAUGGGUGCAGAUGCGGAAGCCGAUGAUGGCUCCCUAACAGAUGUUCUCGGCGGCACGGAUAGCUGGAGGCCCAACGAGGGUGCCGAUACGUCCUUGACAUCUCGAUUGACUGAACAGGAACAAGCUAGUCCUCGGUUCCAAAACUACGAAACCCUUCGAGUCUUGCUGCACCCGAUGAUUCCUACUUCCUUCCCCCUUUUCCAGACCAUAGGCAAGGCUUUGCUACCUAGAAGGGAGUCCAAUCACGGUGACCCAUACCACCGGCCACGCCAUCUACAGAUUGCGAGAGCGCUUGCCGAUACAGUUCUCGACCAUCUUAGGCCAUCCGUGGCGACACCGGAGCCAACGUCAAAGGACUUCCACUACUGGAUCAUCAUGCUGCACACUAUCCACGAAAUGGUGAUUGAACAUCCGGCUUCAUCUCGUCCCACUGACCGCGCAAAUGUGCAAAUCAUCAUGCCGGUUCUUCUUGCAUUCAAAGAGCGUAAUGGCAUCGUCGUGCUCAACGACAUGCUGCGAGUUUUCGCUGAUGCAGUCAAGAGUUCUAGCGCCGCUACUGCCGACGAUUCUUCAAAGGUCAAAGUCGCUGCUUUUGGCCUGAAGAAGAUACUGGACCUGUACUUCAUCCUGGUCAACGGGAAGCAUAUCGGCGACACGCACACUUACUACAACCUUCAGCGACAAACGGACCGCUCCCAGUUCGUUCAGAAUAUCCACAGCCAAAUCACUGUCGAGUUUCGGGCCCUCAUACUGCCCGUUAUAAUGGAACUUUGGGACUCCGAGUUCGUUGAGCGAGUACCAGAUCAGACAGUGAAACGACUCGUGGACAUUCUUAAAAUAGUCGCAUUGGGUGAAAGCGAACUGCAGUCAAUGCCAAAGGACAAGAUUCCUUUCGUGCUUCUGAAGUAUACGGAAGUGCGAUUCAACUGGCGGGCUGUCAGGUCCCUUGUUCGUCAACUUGCUGACGAUUUCGAUGAGAGUCUGGCGCAGGAGGCUGCCUAUCGUACAUUUGGCAACCCCAAUACUGCGUCAGCAUAUUGCAGCGCCCACGAGGCUGAGAUAGCAGGCGCUCGAAACCCUGUCCCUCCUGAGGACGCACCUGAUGCCUCUUCUCUAGCUGAAGGGCCGACACCAACAUCGACAAGCCGUGACGCCAGUGGUUCUCGUGCUCCUGACCCGGAGGCCAUGUCUCUGGACACCACUCCUGAUGUCUCCGCCGAAAACCUGGAUGACUUGAUCUCCCAACUUCCCGAGAGCAACGAUUUGGCGAACGAAAGUGGCGGGGAUACGGGGUCAAAGGCUGCCGAACCGACUCCGGCUAGCGGAGAAGCAAACUCUACUGCGGAAUAUACAGCGGAUAGCUUCAAUGCUCUCAAGCAAGGCCUUGACGACCAUCGAUCAAAGCUACGAGAAAACUUAAUCGAUCAGUGCCUUGACGUAAUUCGUGCCCACCCAGACACCGCUAUUGAGGUUUCCGAGCUCAUCACCACCGUCGUUCUCCGACAUCAAAAUGCUGAUGCACACGAAGAAGUUGGAUCGACGCUCACAUCAGCCUUGACAUCCCUUGCUUUGGAUGAAGACGAGAGAAAGCGCAAUGGGAAGUGUAUCGCUGCAUAUGCUCAUCUUCUGGCUCUUCUGCUUCAGGACGAGAUGUUCUUCAGUCGAAACAUGGACACCUUGCGUGACAAGAUUGGCGAAUAUUUGGCGCUUCUCAAGGUCGCCCCGUCUACACCCAGCGAAGAGCUGCCGCCUUGGAUCCCUUACGUCCUAUUAGUGUUGGAGACCCUGUUGAGCCAUGAUGAAAAGCCAGUUGCGGUUCAGUGGAGGGCACCCAAAUCCUUGGAUGAGCCCGUUGCAGAGCCCGUGAUCCAGCUAAGAACGCCUUUACUGGAUGACGAGCAGCGGUCUGAUGUUCUGGAGUCGCUUUUGGAUCUACUUCCACGCAUCGGAAAGGAAGAGAUGCUGGCUACCGCUAUUCUACGAGUCCUCAUCAUCCUGACCCGCAAGCGUUCGUUGGCGAAGCAAGUUGGCGAGAAGAAGAACCUGCAGAGGCUUUUCCUCAUGGCUAAACAAAUGUCAGGCUCAGGUGCUGAGCGACUCAGGCAGAUCAGGCUGACGGCCCACCUCAUCACCAUCCUUCGUCACAUUGUCGAGGAUGAAGACGUUAUCAAGCAAGUCAUGAGAGCGGAGAUCAAGUCAGAUCUUCCGAAUCUCCAACGUACCCAGCGCGGCCAUUUGGAUGUGCCCACCUAUCUCCGAGCAAUGGCGCCCAUUGCUCUUCGUGCACCCGACCUCUUCGUUGAGGUAACUAAUGAGCUGCUUCGCUUUUCACGCUGGAAUGCUCCCACUGCCGAAGGCGCUAGGCCCCAAACCCUGGUCUGGAAAGAACAAGACAGCAGCAGCACGAAUGCUGCUCAGCCAGACUCGGAAAACGUCCAGAGCGAAGAAGUCAAGCCAUCAACUGAAUCGGGAGACAAGGAGAUGUCCGAUGCGCUUAAGCCGCACCAUGACAGCAAGCGCCCAGUGGUGGAAAAUCCAGACGGAGUCAUACACUUCCUUCUCUGCGAGCUGAUCAACUACCGAGAGGUCGAAGACAAAGAGGUACCACCGCCUAGCAGGGAUGCGAAAACUGAGGGCGAAUCGACAGCUUCUGCCGAGGUCCAGGACAGUGCUUCUGCUGAAGGCGUAGCUGGCGAUGGAAGGGACAAGAAGCCAUCAAAGCCUAUCUUCAAAUCAGAAGAGCAUCCGAUCUUCGUCUAUCGAUGCUUUUUGCUCAGCUGCUUGGCCGAGCUCCUCCAGAGCUAUACAAGGACGAAGAUGGAAUUCAUCAACUUCAAACGAAGCGCCCCGCCUUUGUCUACCAACACCCCUGUCAAACCUAGGUCGAGUAUUCUCAACUACUUGAUAUACGACCUCUUGUGCCAGAGUAGCCUGAGCGGUACGUCGGACAACAUAGCAGCAAAAAAGAAGGCCGCGACGUCAGCGCAGACGCAGAAAGUUUUGGUCGCUUUGGUCUCAAAAACCAACGAGAAAGUGUUUGAUCGCAAGCAAGAAAAGUACGCCUAUGACGAUGAGCCAGACUUGCUCUUUGUCCGCAAAUUUGUUCUCGACACUAUCUUGAAAGCAUACGAGAAGGCACCACUUACCGAUGAGCCAUUGGAGGUUCGAUAUGCAAGGAUGCAGUGCCUGGCGGAGUUGAUGAACAACAUGAUCGGUGAAAAGGACAAGGAGCAGACCUCCGGGUCUCGCAAUGUCGACAGUGUCCAAACUAGAUCACAAGCGCAGCUUCGACGACUCAUGUACGAGAAGGGCUACCUAGACAAGUUGACGUCGUCCAUUGCCGAGAUCAACCUCAAUUUCCCGGGAGUGAAACGGGCGAUUAAGUAUAUCCUGCGUGUGCUGCGAGUCUUGACCGAUACCGCCAAAGAACUGAGCCAUUCGAACAUCUUGGUAUCCGAUUCACAGGUUGACCAGAGUGAUGAGGAAUUUGCGUCUACUUCAUCUUUGUCGGACCUAGAUGAAGGCCGGGAGGAAACCCCUGACCUCUAUCGAAACUCUGCUCUUGGCAUGCUUGAGCCUCGUGGAGAAGAUGACGAGUCUGAGUCCGAGGAAGCAGAUGACGAUGACGAGGACAUGUAUGGAGACGAAUAUGACGACGAUGAGAUGGACUACGGCGAUGAAGAGAUAUCGGAUGAUGAGGACGACAUCAGCGACGAAGACGAGGAGCUUAGUCAGAUGGGAGAAAUUGAAGGCCUCCACGGCGACCCUGGAGUGGUCGAAGUCAUCAUGGACGACGAAGAUGAUGACGACGAUGACGAAGACGACGAAGACGACGACGAAGUCGACUCUGCCGAUAUGGAGGACCUCGAAGACCGGGUUGAAAUCGUCGAUGAAGACGGAAACCCUCUCGAAGAUGACGGGGAAUCAGGGUGGGAGAGCGAGACCAGCGCCGAAGAGGAUGAAGAGCCAGAGGUCGAUGACAUCGACUACGAGGGUGAGGUCCAAGACGAGGACGAGGCUCACUUACACGGAAUGGGCCCUGGUGACCUCCUGGAUAACAUGGCAAGAGCCAUCAUGGGCGGCGAUGAAGAUGGAUAUGAGCCCGAAUUGAUGGAAGCAUUGGAUGAGCAUUACAUGGACGAUGGUCACGAUGAUGGGGGUGAGUAUAGUGAUCCUGAUGAUGAAGAGGAUAUGGAAGACGAGGAGUACAUCUAUGACGAUGACUAUCCACCUCUUGGUUGGGAUGGGUUCACGCCCGAAGUCGAUGAAAGACAUCGUCAAGUCUUCCUCCUCGAUAACAACAGACGACCAGUCCUCGCGCGAAUGGACAACCGCAACCCCUUCCCUCCGCGAUUUAUUCCUGGGUCAAAUCGGGAUCUGAGUGAUUUCCGCAGCUACUUCUCCCGUAGCCAUCGCAAUAAUGGCCAACAGCCAAACGCAGAUGACGGGAUGAACCCAUUACUUCGUCGCAGCGAUCAAGCCCAAGAGAACCAGCCUCGGCCUGGCCAUCCGCACUCGAUUGGCCUCCGCUUCCCAGAAGGCUUCUUGGGCCCAGGCAGACAUCUGAUGGAGGGCCCCAUGGGCUUUCUGGGAGAGCUUAUGGAGUUUUUGCCCAUAAUGGGUCGCGGAAACCAGCAUGCUUUCCACGUCCAUAUCAAUGGCCCUGGGGGCACGCGAAGCACAGACCUUGGACCUAUCCGUGGUCUGAGAAGUGAACAGCGCCGAGAUGCUGCAUCUCAGGAGCCGCACCAAGCAGUUGCUUUCACCCCUGAGACAACUAUGGACCGCUACCAGGAGGAAGCCAGGAUGAUUUUCGGAAACCCCGUUGCGGAAGCUGCCAGACUCGGGAAUACUAUCAUUGCGCAGCUCACCCCUGCUGCAAUAGAGCUCGAGAGGAAACUGAAGGCGGAGGAAGAGGAGAAUCAGAAGCGCCUUGAAGAAGCUCGAAAGAAGCAAGAAGAAGAAGAGCGCGUGGCUCGAGAAGCUAAAGAAGCCGAAGAAAAGGCCGAGAGAGAGAGGAAAGAGGCCGAGGAACGCGAAGCUGCUGCACGACUUGCAGCGGAAGCUGCCGAAGCCGCCGCCCUCGCUGCCAGUCAAAACACCGAACCACCCCCCGGCGAUGGGCAAGGUAGUGGAGCCAUGGAAGGAGUUGAAUCGACCGAGGCUGGUGUCGCCGCGACCAAUGAUGACCCAGCCAGCACUUCGAGAGCCAACGUGCCAAGAGUGACAACCAUCAUUCGAGGCGAGGAGGUGGACGUCACCGAGCUAGGUAUAGAUCCAGACUACCUAGCCGCUCUUCCUGAAGAAUUCCGCGAGGAAGUCAUCGCCCAGACAGUGAGUGAGAGGCGCCUCCAAGCCCGCGACGAAGCUGCCUCAGGAGAAGCGACAGAAGUGUUUCAGGAAUUCCUUGAUGCCUUACCAGAGGAGCUACGAAUGGAAAUCGCACAACAGGAACGGCAAGACCAGCGCCGUCGUCACCGUGAAGACAGUCGCCGCCAGGCCACCGCCGCUGAUGGCCAGGACGUCAUCCCCGCGGAGAUGGAUCCCGCUAGCAUUCUACUCACAUUUCCACCCGAGCUCCGUGAACAAGCUCUCAUCGACCAGGGUGAAGACAUCAUGGGCCAGCUUCCCCCCGAUAUGGCUGCUCAGGUGCGAGCAUUGACUCAACACCGACCACCAGUUGCUCAUCAACGAGGAGGCAUGCGGCCGAUUGUUCUUCCUGGUAGAAGCUCGCUUGGCCCGGCUAGGGUCACAGUGCAAGGCUCUCCGGAUGAGCAAGGCGAGAACAAGACACAACGGAAGACGGUUGUGCAGAUGCUCGAUAAAGCUGGCGUUGCUACCCUGCUGCGUCUGAUGUUCAUCGCUCAACAGGGCUCUAUCCGGAACUACCUCUUCAGCGUAUUCGCAGAUGUGUGUGAGAACCGGCAGACUCGUCUCGAGGUGAUCAGCACUGUCUUGCAGAUACUUCAAGAUGGUAGCACAGACAUGAAUGCGGUUGAGCGCAGCUUUGGCCAGCUCUCUCUCAAGGCUAGAAAGCAGAAGGACAAGGAAAAGGACGGUGAUCAGAAGAAUCCCCAAGGCCUUAAGAGGACUUUGACAACAGUGGGCAGCCUCACAACUUCAGGCCAGACGAAUUCCGAGACAUCGCCGCUUCUGAUCGUACAACAAUGCCUGGACCUUCUAGUCGACUUGUGCACCAAGAACCCCCACAUUCCUUGGCUAUUUUUGACAGAGCAUGAAUCCGUGGGAUCUUCUUCCCUCAAGAGGAGCCUGAGCCGUAGAGGAAAGGGCAAGGACGCAAAGGCGCACAAAUACGCGAUCAACUCUCUCCUCACCCUCUUGGAUCGCGAGCUUGUGACGGAAAGCUCGCUCGUCAUGACCCACCUGGCAGACCUACUGAACCGGGUUACUCUCCCUCUUCAGAACUUGGAACGUCGACGCAAGGAGACACAGGAUGAAGACGCAUCAGAUUCAAAGGGCACAGGCGCGGAGACACAAGCUCCUGCCACAGAUGCACAUGAGACAGAGGGGCGAGAUAACACCGACCAGACGGUCGACGGCUCCUCGGCAUCUGCGCCGGCGACUUCUUCCGAACAGAAGGCUGCCGGAACAGAGGACCCAGGGGAGCAAUCGAAGAGUGCACCGCAGAAACGCGCCCGCCAGCUGCAGCCUCCGGUGAUCCCGCCCCAGAACCUUACCCUUGUGGUCAGAGUAUUUGUGGCUAGGGAAUGUAGCUCGAAGACAUUUCAAAAUACCAUCUCUACCAUCAAAAAUCUGUCAGCUAUUCCCGGGGCAAAGAAAAUUUUCGGACAGGAGUUGGUCAGCCAAGCUCGCCUCUUGAGCAGCAAUAUCGUAAACGACCUCGACGAUUUGCUCCCGCACAUUGAGGCGGCCACCUCCGGUACUGAAAUCCAAGGUGUUGCCCUCGCCAAGUUCUCGCCUGGAGCGUCGGAGCAGAACAAGCUGCUCCGAGUUCUCACUGCGCUUGACCACCUGUUUGAUGGAAAGAAGAAGAGUGACGACGCGGAUGAUGGUUCCAGCGAGAAGAACGAGAAGCAAGAUCUUGUUACCUCGCUCUAUCACAAUUCGACGUUUGCUACCAUGUGGGAGAAGUUGAGUGCCUGCCUGAGCGCUAUUCGCCAACGGGAAAACAUGCUCAAUGUCGCGACUAUCCUACUUCCGUUGAUUGAGUCCCUCAUGGUUGUCUGCAAAAACACGACGACGAAUGACGACCUCUCGUCGAGCCUGGUCGGGAAGGACAUGCUAUCCAGUCCGCAGCCGGAAUCUCGCACGGCCAACCUCUUCUUCACCUUUACCGAAGAUCACCGACGCAUCCUGAACGAACUCGUGCGGCACAACCCCAAACUCAUGUCUGGCACCUUUGCCUUGCUCGUUAAGAAUCCCAAGGUUUUGGAGUUUGACAACAAGCGCAACUAUUUCAACAGGAGCGUUCACUCUCGGAGUGGCCAGAAUCAGAGCCGCCCGUCAUAUCCGCCGCUGCAGAUUAGCGUUCGCCGAGAGCAUGUCUUCCACGAUUCCUUCAAGUGGCUUUGCUUCAAGUCAGCCGAGGAAAUGAAGUACGGAAAACUCAACAUUCGGUUCAACGGCGAAGAGGGAGUUGAUGCUGGUGGCGUAACUCGCGAGUGGUUCCAGGUUCUCGCCCGACAGAUGUUUGACCCCAACUAUGCUCUGUUUAUCCCAGUUUCGUCGGAUCGCACAACUUUCCAUCCAAACAAGCUCAGUGGCGUCAAUGAUGAACAUUUGAGGUUCUUCAAGUUCAUCGGUCGUAUCAUCGGCAAGGCGCUGUACGAGGGGCGCCUACUUGAUUGUUUCUUCAGCCGCGCUGUCUACAAGCGUAUCCUCGGCAAGUCAGUCUCUGUCAAGGAUAUGGAAUCAUUUGACCCGGACUACUACAAGUCUCUUUGCUGGAUGCUGGAAAACGACAUCACCGAUAUCAUCACAGAGACCUUUUCGGUGGAAGACGACGAGUUCGGUGUUACCAAGAUCGUGGACCUCAUCCCCAAUGGCCGAGAGAUUGCGGUAACUGAGGAAAACAAGCACGAGUACGUUCGUGUUGUGGUUGAGUACAAACUCCUAUCCUCGGUCAAGGACCAAAUGGACAACUUUUUGAGUGGUUUCCACGACAUCAUUCCCGCGGAGUUAAUCUCCAUCUUCAACGAGCAGGAGCUGGAGCUCCUGAUCUCUGGUCUUCCGGACAUAGACAUUGACGAUUGGAAAGCGAAUACCGAGUACCAGAACUACAGUCCUUCCUCUCCACAGAUUCAAUGGUUCUGGAGAGCAGUCCGGUCAUUUGACAAAGAGGAGUUGGCCAAAUUGCUGCAAUUUGUCACCGGUACCAGCAAGGUCCCUCUCAACGGCUUCAAGGAACUAGAAGGCAUGAACGGUGUCAACCGCUUCAACAUCCACCGUGACUACGGAAACAAGGAUCGCCUUCCGUCUACGCAUACCUGCUUCAACCAGCUCGAUCUUCCCGAGUAUGACAGUUACGAUAUACUGCGCUCGCAAAUCCUCAAAGCCAUCACGCAGGGUAGCGAUUACUUCGGCUUUGCCUAA